AUGGGAGAGCAUGCUGCCACUAAUCCAAGAAUACAAGAAUUGAGUGAGAGUGAUUAUGUGCAAAGCAAUCAAAAUCAGCCCUAUCACGGUUCACUGAAAAGAGGUUCAAUAUCUGAUUCAAGUGUGUCAACAGCUACAGCAAUUGGUACACCACAAUUAAGAUCAGUGAAUAAUGAUGAUAAUGUCUCAGUAAGAUCAGCAUCAAUAUAUUCUCAACCAAGUACUAGUGACCCAUUAUCAAGAAAUAACUCAAAAAAUCAUGCCACGAAUGAAUUAGCAAACAAUGGAGUAUAUGGUGACUCAAGAUUUCUUGGAAAUAAUCAUAUGAUUUAUCCAUCUUCGCAUCAAGCAAAUUCACUUCAACAGGAUGUUUAUAAUGAUUAUAAUAAUUAUCAUUAUCCAUCACAAAACCAAUCAUAUUACAAUGAUCAGGAAGCAACAAGACAUAACUCAAUGACUUUGCCAGAUAAUAAUAACAUGAACCCAUCAUAUGAUUUCCAUAAUGGCAGUAAAAUUGAUUCUGAAAAAGAAAAUCUUAAUCAACCAAUGAUGAUUGAUAAUACAUUUAAAAAACAAAGGAAGCGUUGUUGUUGUUGUUCAGGAGUACAUUGUGUAAUUAUUACAUUUGUUAUUUUGAUUUUGUUGGCUGUGGCAUUAUAUUUUGUAUGGCCUCGUAUACCAAUUGUCAAAAUAUUGGAUGCAAUCCCAGUUGGUACACCAUCAAUCUCUCAAAAUCCUCCAUUGAUUGAUAUGGAUUUUGUUAUGCGAACUCAAAUUGAUAAUAAAGAAAAUUGGAUUCCAUUCAGAUUUAACAGAAUAGAUGUACAAGUCUUUGAUUCUACUACUAUAUCAUCAUUUAAUAAACCAAUUGCUACUGGAAAUAUUACAAAUUAUACACUUCCACCAAAACAAGUUAGCGAAGUUGGAUUCCCAUUAAAUGUAAAUUAUGUAGCAAAUGAUGCAAGUGAUCCUGUGCUUCAAGAUUUUCUUUCUGCUUGUACUAAGCAACCUGGUAUACAACAAACUACACUAAAUCUUCGCGUUGAUGUCAAAUUAUUUGUAUGGGGAAUUGAUUGGGUAUUUAAACCAGCAGUAUCUGUUCCAGUCAAUGGUCUAAAAUGUCCUUAUCCACAAUAA